AUGGCAUCGUUAGAUGAAGAGAGGUAUUUGAGAUACCUAUGGCUGCUAGGCGAGGGAGGUUUGUUUGUAUUACGAGGUGUUGUAUUUAGAGAAGCAACAAAGAGCGGUAGCACACUCGAUACUCUUCUGCAUAAUGGACGAGCUCAGUUUAACGAUGUUUUAAAGGAACAACAAAAUCGUUUGUUUCCUACCCCUACGACAGUAAACGCAGAUAUUAACACUUGGGAUAUGACUCUAAUAUUUGUUGUGCUUAAACGACUUUUUUGGAAAGGUCUGUCCCUUUCAGAAAGUGCUUAUCUGAAAUCUUUGAAGACCUAUCGGAAUGCUUUCCAAGGACAUCCGACACAAUUGUCUAUGAAUGCAUCAGAUUAUUCUAGCAAUCGACAGCUACUAGAGCAGGCUUUACGACAAAUUGCAUCAGGAAUAAAUGGGAUAGUUGAAAUCGAAAAUAUUAUCAAAAGAACGGCAACAGGCAGAAUUGAUUCAGAUUUCAUCUUUACAUUCAUUAAAGAGAUUUAUGACUUCAAGACAAGUUUCUUGUCAGCUAUGGAAGACAUGGUACACUGCGUCAAUGAAAAAGUCUCUUCUAUUCAAGGAAACCAGGAAAUAAUACUUCGGAAAUUAACCGACUUGCAAAACAAACACUUGCGGAAAACAAAAUAUAAAUAUUCACGAGAGUUAAGAAUAAUCAUACAAGCCGAAUGUGAUACUGAAGAAAAGCAAAGGAAAGCCAACGACUUACUGUUUGAGUUUGUCGAGAUAAUAUAUAGUGAUACUGCAAUUCGUAGCGAUGAAAUUAGAAGAAUAAUAACACAAAGGGUUGAAUGGUACGGAGAACCUACACUACAAUUGCUAGAUGAUUUAAUUGAAUGGUUCAGUGAUAUAGAAGACCUGUCUGACGGAGUUGGCAAACCUCUUAUAGGGAGUAUCAUUUUACCAAUUUCCUGUUCCUCGGUUACAGGCAUCCUCACGCUUUUGAAAUAUAUGGAUGACAGUCAAAGCAAACAAUGUUUAUCAAAAAUUUCUUCAACCGUCAGUGUAUUACUUAGAUUCCCGUGCUCAUUGUCAUGGAAAGUUGAACCUAUGAGUCUAAGGAGUGCUCUUUCCUCAAGUUGUAAGUAUUCUAUAGAAAAAAUGGGACUUUGUUUGUUUUAGUCUAUAAAGCUAUAUACACUUGUAUCUCAAAGUACCUGUAUGAACAAAAAUGUUUAUA